CCUGUCACUGCUUGCCAUCCCCUGCCUUCGAGAGCAGCGACAUAUAAGUCUCGUCGCACCGCACCGCUCACGCACCGACCCUGCCUUUGCACCUCGGGUCCCUCACGUCGCCUGAACAACAUACGUCCAAGACAACCACUGUUGAGCCAAAGAGAUGGAACUCAUGGAGCUUGUCGACCAAGAGCCUGCCACUCGCCCCUUCCAGUGCGACUGGCAAGCAUGCAACAAGAGCUUCAACCGCAAGUCAGACCUUCAGAGGCAUUACAGGAUACACACCAAUGAAAGGCCGUACGCGUGCAUAACCCCCGGCUGUGGAAAGAGCUUCAUCCAAAGGAGUGCCUUGACUGUCCACAUCCGAACCCACACGGGAGAGAAGCCACACCAAUGUCAGCACAUUGGCUGUGGAAAGAGGUUCUCAGAUUCGUCGAGUCUCGCAAGGCACCGCAGGAUACACACUGGCAAGCGACCAUACAAGUGCUCGCACGAUGGCUGCGCCAAAAGCUUCUGCCGUAAAACCACCAUGGUCAAGCACCAAAGGCGAUCACAUCAACGUGGUGGUCUGUCUUCCGAAUUCGACGAAUGCACUUCAGACUCUGGCAGCGAGUCGCCUCCCACUCCCCGCAGCGCCACCAUGUCAUGGGCACCUGCCGGCGUCGCCAUGGCACACGGCCUUUCGAACCACGCGCUCCACCGCGCUCAAUCGUUUGCCGACUUCGGCCAGAUGAACCACUUCGGCCUUCAGCAGCAGUACGGUCACCGACAGACCGUAUCGCAAGGUGCCCACGAGUACCAUGGCCAACAGGUCCACCACGCACACCCCGACAUGCACAUGGUACACAGGACAGCAGGUGUGCCAACACAACCGUACUAUGUCACUGACCAGAGCAAUCCUGGCGUUGCCACCAUGAACACCAACACCGUCCAGCAGUCAUACCACCACCAGGUUCCCAGGCAGCAGACCGUCGACGGCAGGUUAAAUCUCGAGGUCGUGACCAGCGCGCCGUCAGCCAUGCCAUCUUCGAUCCAGAGCAGCCCCAGCAGCUUCUCGGCUGGAUCUGGCAGGAGUCCCACCGCCCAAGACGGUUACUACACCCACCAGGCCCAGGCUGCGACCUACGCCCUCCACGCCGCGCACGCCGCAUCAACCUCUCCGGUCGAGGCGCAGACCCCGAUGGUUCCAUACCCGCAAGCGAUGCCCCAGAUGUCGCAACAGGGACACCCGACCCACGCAGCACCGAAUGUCCACGAGCAGUUCGCGCACCAAGCCCAAACCGGCGCCGAGGAGGGAUGGUACAACGGUGUUUAUCAGUCACCAGUCGAGGUCACUACCAUGGGCCAAAUGCAGACAUAUGGGUCUGUCGCCUACGACCCAUGGAGCGGCAUGAAGGCUGAGUUCGAGGACACUUCGCUCCAGAUGCCUAGCGCCAGGAUCGAGAACAUGUGAAGCACCGGCUUUGCAUCCGAGGGAAUGUCCUCCCAGCAAGUCGCAGACUUGGACUCCCCACGACCAACUGCGAAUACCACCGGGACGACGACAACAACAGCGUCGCUCUCGUCAUCAUCGACCCAGCGAACUGGUACUAGCUUGUGCCCGGCCGACUACCAUCGGAUCCGCUGUGCGUUCAACCCGAUAUCUGUAAUAUCGAAUCCAGGCAUUUCGAAGCCUCUUGUACCACCACUAUUACUCUGCUUUGCCGCACUGGGCGGACGGCAUCAGGCUUAUUUUGUUUUGCCAAUCCUUUUUUUUUUCCUGCUGCAUUCUUUCUGCUUCGCGAGCAUGUUUGCAUAUCAUUUUGUCGAUAUAUACCAUGUGAUCGACAGCGUCGCCCCUGACCCGGGCGGCAGGGGCUCCACAGCACCCAGCGCGUCGAUUGUACAUAGCCUCCUUCACGACCAUAAAGCGCCUGUCUGCAGUCUCGAGACUGCGGCGGGAGAAAAGCGUCAAUGCGAUUGCUAAAAAGUUGUGUUUUGUCGCCGUCUUCGGGGGGACACGCUCGUUAGAGACUUCUUUUGGAAAGAAGUGGCACUCCAGCUGGUCCGCAUCGCCGAACACCUUAUUCGUAAUAAUCACCCACCACCGCCAUCAUCAUACCCCGGCAUAUCUCAUGACCUCCGAGGUCACCACAACUCAGGGUCGCCUCCAUCCCAUGCGGGGUUGUAGGCAUCCUGGGCGGAUUUUCUUUGUUUCCCGUCGUCUUGUGUUUCCAUUCUGCGUCUCUUUAUUUGUUUAUAUUUCCCGGCUUCAACACCCUUCUGAAGCAUCGCCUCAUCGAUGGUACCCGUGGUAUCAUGGCGAUGGGUUGACGAAGAAACGAGUCUCUCUGAUAAUGCAGAUGAGAAGUGAAGGCCGCGCAGCACAUGAUAGGGGUUUGCCCCAAGAGGGUAAUAGAGCUGGACUGGAGAAGAAACGAGAUGAGAAGGAAAGAAAACAGGGAGGCAAUGAACAUGAACCCAGAGUUCAGUAGGGGAAUAGAAGGAUUGGUAAUGAAAUCAAUGUAAGAGUUGAGGACCUGUGGAAACAGGUUGGUUCAGUGGAUGAAAAAAUUUGUACCAACACUAUUGUUUAUAUCCUCAUCAUGUGCUCAAUUUUCUUGUCUUCGGAGGAUCGGUCGGAGGGGUUCAUCAUGGUCUUGAUUUUGGGAGGGGUUUUCUGCUUUUUUUUUGUUUCUUGUUUUUUUUUUUCCUUUCCAGUUGUUGGGACACAUACAUACCUAGCUGUGUCAAGGUUGACCAGACUCGUACAUGUCACAUAUAUAAGGAUCGAGCAUAGCGACGAAAGAUUCUAGCUUCUUAAGCAACAAGAUUGUCAAAAUAUUUGUUCC